AUGGGGAAAUUUUUAGAGAAAUUAGACAUAGUUGAACUUUUCUGUAUGAUCGCAUGCGUUGCUGCAUGGGUUGGUUUUUCAUUUUUAACACCAAAUCAUCUCUAUUUACCACCACAAAACGCAGAAUAUAAUUAUCCUUACAAAUCACGUGAAAUAAUACCAGUUGUUGUAUUAGAAAUCAUAACAUUUCCUGGUGUAUGGCUAUUCUUCAUCAUGUUUUAUUUUAUUCAAAAGAAAUUAACGAAAAUUUUUAAGCAAUUCAACAUUUUCCCACUUAUAUGGACACACAUUUCGACAGUAUCAAUAACCAAUUCUGUUGUCUUAAUAUUACAGAAUUUUGUUGGAAGAGCCGGUGUAGAUUUUUAUUCUCGUUGCGGAGCAUCAGCAACACCUGACACAUGCACAUUUCUUGAUAAAAAUACACUCCAUGACCUUCUUAGAUCAUUUCCUUCAACUCACGCCGCUUCUGCAAUGUCAAGUUAUCUAUUUUUCACAUUAUACCUUCAAAAACUAAUUAAAUACAAGUCCACUCCACUUACAAUUCUCGAAUUCCUCCCAGUUUUCGUUGGAUUGUGGAUUGGCGCUACAAGAAUUACAGAUUACAAGGCACAUCCAUGCGACGUUGUUGCUGGAUACGUAAUUGGAACACUGAUUACCCUUGUUUUCUGGAAAACAUCAAAACAUGUUGUUUUCAAAGUUAUUAACUCUGAUGACGAUGAAAAUAAUGAAAAGCAUGAAGUUGAGCAAUCACUUGUUAGCUAA